UUAGGAGCAGAGCGCUUGUUUUUCACCCAUUAAAAACACUGCGAACAUUACGCAUCUGAAUUGGAGUGGUUUUUUUUUUUUGGUAACCGAAUUUUCAAAAUGAAACACAACUCAAACGUCCCCGCGUUUCUUACGAAGCUCUGGACACUCGUCGAGGAUGCGGAUACGAAUGAAUUUAUUUGCUGGAGUCAGGAGGGCAACAGUUUCCUGGUGCUGGAUGAGCAGCGCUUUGCAAAGGAGAUCCUCCCCAAGUUCUUCAAACACAAUAACAUGGCCAGCUUCAUCAGGCAGCUUAAUAUGUAUGGGUUCCGUAAAGUGAUGCACAUUGACACGGGUAUUGUUAAGCAAGAGAGAGAUGGACCGGUGGAGUUCCAACACCCCUACUUCAAACACGGACAGGAUGACUUGCUGGAACACAUAAAGAGAAAGGUUUCAAACGCUCGUCCUGAGGACAGUAAGAUCAGACAGGAGGAUUUGACCAAGAUCCUAGCUACUGUCCAGAACAUCCAUGGCAAGCAGGAGACUGUGGAUGCCAGACUGGCCACACUUAAAAGGGAGAAUGAAGCACUAUGGAGGGAAAUCUCAGAUCUAAGACAGAAGCACGUCCACCAGCAACAACUCAUCAAGAAGCUGAUACAUUUCAUUGUCACAUUGGUACAGAACAACCGCAUUCUGAAUUUAAAACGUAAAAGGCCAAUCCUCAUGAACAGCAAUGGAAAGAAGUCCAAGUAUAUUCACCAGCUUUUUGAUGACCAAGUGCGUGUGGAACAGUCAUCUGUCAACAGCCUGAACAGUGUGAAGGGCUCGGAGCUGUCGGAUGACGUUGUCAUCUGUGACGUGACGGAUGAGGAUGCCGAGAUGGCUGCUGAGCUCACAGAGAGCCCCUCCAGAGUCCUGGACCAAAGUGAUGUAGAGAUUGUGGAAGUAGAAUUAGACAAUUGCUCGGUUCUACCAGCUGAGACUGAGGUUAGCACCACCUGCACAGACGACAUGAAACAAACAGACCCCGGCGAAUUAACAGAACUGGAGGAGAGCCAGAGGAGCAGUUGUUCAGAUGGUAGCCUUCCCACCAAUAGUGCCCUGCAGCUGAACAAACCUUCAGGACUGAGUCUGGAGGAUCCUAUGAAACUGAUGGAGUCGAUACUGAAUGAGAACGGGGCCAUCUCUCAGAACAUCAACUUGCUGGGAAAGAUGGAGCUGAUGGACUAUCUUGACAGCAUUGACUGUAGUUUGGAGGAUUUCCAGGCCAUGCUUUAUGGGAAACAGUUCAACAUUGACGCAGAAGUCGAAGAGGAGAGCAUGGCAUCCAAAGAAAACACAGCACAGCUGAACAGAGGCAAGGCAGCGGAAGACAACACAGAUAAGCAGUUGAUCCAGUACACCUCCUGCCCUCUGCUGGCCUUUCUUGACGGUUGCACCCCAACCACUGAGCUGGAUUUAAGCAGCACCACUUUAGCCCACACCAACCCUCCACCCACUUCAACCUCCACCUCGUUAUUAGGAGCAGAGCCUCCCGUAGACCUGCUGGAGAGCUCCCUGGAGUCACAGGGACCCUCCCGGAGCUCCCUGAUCAGACUAGAGCCCCUCACAGAGGCAGAGGCCAGUGAGGAGACACUCUUCUACCUCUGUGAACUUGCGCCUGACGGGUGCAGCGUGGAUGCAAUUGAAUGAGGUAGAAGUGGGGGGGAGGGUGCUGUUGUUUCUCAUGCCAACCCAGCAGUUCUGAAGUUAUAUAGUUUCAAAGUAAUAUUGUUUGUUCACCAUCAGAAGGGGCAGCAAGAGCAGGUAGACAACCUUGCCAGUUACAGACACCUGCUAGGAUUUGACUGAUGUUCCCAAUCCCACACUGAAGAGAGAGAGACAUGUCCUCAUUAUUCAUCGCUCCUUUUGCCUGAGGUGUGUGUUCUGUAGAAGCACACAUUCAUUGAUUGUUGUAAAAAGCAAUAGGCUGGUUUAAGCACAGGCCAUAGAAUUUCUUCCAUGUGGCUUUUCCAUUCCUUUAUUUCUGCAUUUCUUCUGAGGAAGCACACUGUCAAAGAGGAGGUUUAAGACACAGAAAAGGGUCACUUUGGAUAAAGUUGUGAACCGACACUGAUCUAGGAUCAGCAAAUACAUGCAUUCACUAUCAACAAGGGGUGCAUCAGAAUUGGGCUUAGAGCAGCAUCUUGAUAAGGCAACUUCCCUUGAUUCUCAACUGAACCUUUGUAUAUACUCGUGAAAUCUAUUUAUUGUGAUUUUUGUUUAUCUUUUUAUACAUACAGUGCAUCUGGAAAGUAUUCACACCCCUUCAC